AUGGUUAUAAAGAGGAGAGACGAGAAAAGGAAGGGAGGCGGAGAGAUUCAUGAGUUUAUAAGGAAAGGGUCGUGGAUGCUUUCAUCUUUUCAUUCUUCAUCGGCAGACACACUUUGUGACAGAACGAAGACAUACUUAAGCACAUUUCUUGUUCCUGUGUGCUGUCUCACAAGAAAUUCUGCACUUGAAGCUUCAUCUUCACCUGGUUUCUCUCAGAAUCACUUCAAGUCAUCCACUGGCGAACCUGUUGCACCUCGAUUCACUGAGACAGAGGUAAGUGCAAUGUUAGUUGCUCCCAGCCCUGCAGAGAACCAGAUGGCAUUGAUACCAAGAGGAGAAACCCCACAGAUUCAAGAGCAAAAUUACUCCAGAGGCUAUGAUCUAUUCAGUCAAGUAUUUCAGAAGGAGCAUUCACCUAUGCAUCAUUUGGGUAUAUCAAAUGAAUAUAAUGCAAGUGGUAGUCAGGUAUUGGAUCCAAAUAGCACUUGA